UUCUAGUGAGAUCUAGCACUCUACUCGAAGACGAAUCGCGAGCGCGGAGAACAGUUUCGAGAUUGAUUUCGACGGUGCUCGUCCGCGUUCAUCCGCAUUGCGACGCCUUCAGCAGGGGUCGUGCCGUCGCGUGAACGAACGCAGUGCGCGGGCAUGCCGUUGCCGCCGUAGUGACACCAUCCGCAUAGCUCGGGAAAUCUUUGACGACGAAGCGUAAGUGGAUUUUCGUCUGCUCGGGCCUGGUCGGCCGCGGCUGUGUGCGUGCGUGCGUGCGUGUGUACGGGAGCGUGCGGUCGGCUGGCGGUCGACCGCUCGCCGCUUACGAAACGCUUGUCUGCCUGCCUGCCCGCUCGCACGCAGUCGGUCGCCUCUCGAGUUGGCGAGUUGAACGUGCUGCGGGCAGCAAUAACCUCGCCAGCGAGCGGGCGUCGCACAUCCUUGUCCUUGCGCUGAGGUGAUCCGAGGUUGUCGCGACGUCGUCAUCGGCGCGGAAGACGUCGCUGACUUCGCCGGUCCAUCAUCGCACCGCCAAAAAGACGUGCACACGUCAAACGUGAGCGGUUCGUCGGCGACGAUACGCAACAGUGACAAUUUGUUGCUCCGCCGAUCAGCUGCGACGCGUGUGCACUUCGGGGUGUGCAAUCAGAACAACGCGUUGUGCAAUAGUCGCAUUGUCUAGGCAAAGUGGCAAUGCCUGUACGCGACUAAUUCGCCGGCGCCUACUUGCAGAUGGCUUCAUCGAAUUCCAACUUCGAGGCGCGGGUGCUGAGCGAAGGGAAGCGCGCCGCCGCCGCAUACAUCCGAGCCGUGCAGUCCGCGUGGAUGUGGAACGACACAGCCUCACAGCACCUCAACCAGGUGCUCGACAACUUGCUCAACCCGGCCAACGUCAUCAGCGAGUGGGAGACGAUCGAAUGGGUGAAAUGGCUCAUCGCCGGCGGGCGCACUCCCGACGAAUUCGCGAGCACUGUGCGCACCUUUGACAAUGCUACCACCUGCGGCCUGGUGUGGACACCCAACUUCGUCGCCUACCGUUGCCGCACCUGUGGUAUCAGCCCCUGCAUGUCACUGUGCACCGAGUGUUUCAAGAAGGGCAAUCACCAGCGGCACGACUUUAAUAUGUUCCUCAGUCAGGCGGGUGGUGCAUGUGAUUGCGGUGAUACAUCCGUGAUGAAGGAAACGGGGUUCUGUGACCGCCACGGACCGAACAAGUCGGUGAACAAAGACCAGGCACCCACUGACCUCAUGUGUGUGGCGCAGGCUAUGAUGCCGCGCAUCAUUCUGCGUUUAGUACAGCAUCUGCGCGAGCACUACGCUGGCGGUACGGAAACUGGCCGUAAUCCCAUUCACGAUGCCGAUGCCUACAUCACCAUGCUACUGGACUUCAACAACAUGGGCGGGUUAAUGCGGCGCGUGAUGACCACGGCGCUCACUAACCCACAGCAGUAUCGACUGCUUAACGAGGUGCCCAAUCCGCCUGACAGCGAUCACGACCAAUAUCUGGUCGAAUCGCGACGUAUCUACGAGGAGGCGCUGCGCUCGUUGCCGAAUCCGGUGCCGAUGGAUGAGCACAAGGACUGCCCUUCGUUGCAAGAGCAGCUCUUGCACAAGACUUUUCUUGAGGAGCUCGUCUUCUGGACAGUCAAGUUUGAAUUUCCACAGAAAAUAGUGUGUUUACUCUUGAAUAUGUUGCCCGACCCCGAUUACAAGGAAGCGCUCACACGCGCUUUCGUUCUACACUACAGCCGCAUCUCUAAAAUGCUGGAGAAGAGCCGCGAUCCGGACAUGCUCAGCAAUCGUGUUGUUCACGUUAGUGUGCAGCUCUUCUCGAACGAGGGGCUCGCGCUGCGCAUGACCGAGCAGCUCAACCUGCUGCACGUCAUGGUCGUCAGUUUGAAGUACAUGAUGAGCAAAAUUUUGAUACAGAACAGUUUACACGAUUCCUGCCACAACUUCCACUUCGUCGUCGACUGCGGCCAGUCGGUGAUGAAGGACCACUGCUACUGGCCGCUGGUAAGCGACCUGAACAACGUGCUCUCGCAUAGACCGGUCGCGUGGCGCUUCAUGUUCGACGACUCCCUGCUGGACAUGUGGUUCACGUUUCUCGCCAUGUUCCAAGGCAUGAACGUUAACCAGGAGAUGACGCAGCACGUGGAGUUUGAACCGAACACCUACUACGCGGCGUUCAGUGCCGAACUGGAGGCUAGCGCGUACCCCAUGUGGGCACUCGUAUCUCAUCUUGUUGACCACAAUACCGCGAACCUCACCAGACGUGUCCUCACCGCCUGCUUGGCGGCGUUGCAAGAGUGGCUGGACGCCAUCAACUAUACAAAUACUAACAUGGAAUAUUCGCUGCAGGUGUCAUUUCAUCUUCCUCUGCAUCGGUAUUUGGCCGUGUUUCUCUGCCAGGCAGUGGCCAAGCAGGGAAUUGAUUUAAACGACGUGCUUCCGUCAUCGGAGGUGCUGAAUUUACUGAUGAUGCAUCCGCUACGUGUUCAGGUCGCGUUCUAUGAAAUUAUCAAUGGUCUGUGGGUGCGAAAUGGUUUGCAAAUAAAAGGCCAAGCAAUGACGUACAUCCAGUGCAAUUUCUGCAAUUCGAUGGUGGAUGCCGAUUUGUACCUCCUGCAGAUCUGCUGCACGCGAAUCCCUGCCGAAUCCUUUCUUAAUAUCAUCAUUGACAAAUUCCACGUUCGCGAAUGGACUUCUUUGGAUUCCCAUCCGCUCACUCGUGAUUAUCAUCUGCCCAUCGAAGAAGAACAAGAACCGCCGAUGGUGGAAAGCAUGCUCACCUUCCUCGCUACCCUCAUCAGCGUGCGCACCAAUCUGGGCCUUAGCGAGACUGGCCUCAAUCGGCUCGAAAUGAUCACACUGUUAUGCAUGAGCGAUAAGACCCAUUCCCAAUUGAUGGAGCUGAUGCCAGAGCGCUGCGGGACGUCGCAGUCACGAGAUUUUGAAGCUUUGCUCGCAGAAGUGGCUGAUUACCGUGCACCUGCACUUGAAGCCACCGGCAAUAUGCAGCAGGGCAUGUAUGUGCCCAAGGCGGCCGUAUGGCAGUCGCAGUACGAUCCUAUUCAUGUACUUCUGCGUGCUGUACAUCGCCGCGAUUUUCAAACGUCGCUUGAUCGGUAUGCGGAUUAUGCGCGACACGCAAACAAAUUAAGCGGCUCGCCAUGGCCACCCUUCCGAACACCUUCUGAAUGUAGUAGCGCCUAUGAGGAUCCACGUCUUAUCUUGCGCUCGCGGGUCUUUCACGCGUUGGCCCUGGUCGUGCUCAUGAAGGCCAUCGACAACCAUAACCUGGUGAACGAGAACGGCAUGGCACUGAUUGUUUUCCUCUUGGAACAGGCAAUCGAUAUUAACGAAAAAGUUGCCGAUAAUGCUAAUAAUACUAGCAUGUGCUCGGCGUCUUCCGCUUCACUUUCCUCCCAACAUCAAUUGCAAGAUAUGGACCUGACCAACUGGUUCCCCACGGAUAGCCUGUUCGAGAAUUUGCGUACGACGUUGGACUACAUACGCUUAAAAGCGCUUCCAGAAUUUGCCCCGACUGCGUGCAGCCUUGGUUCGCGCGUAGUCAGCUCGGAUAGUGAUAAUGGAAGCGCCGGAGGCAUCGAUGAAGAAGAACCACCAUCGCCCUUGAGCGAGGUGUUUAUGCUGGAUGAAACCGAGUGGAAUGAACCAGGUACUAGUGAGGUCGUGAUCGCAGGCAACUCCGCGGUGUAUCAACGCGAUGAUAAUGAGCAGGAGAAUCCGAAUUUGGAUCGACGGGUGGCAAUUCCAGGCCCAUCACGGUCGUCGCCACGGCCUAUUCCACACCUGCAGUACCCAGCGCUUUUGCCCCAAUCACACCAAGCACCUCUACGUCUGAUGAAGGUGAUGCAGGUUGCGUUACCAUCGGAUCUACGUUUGGAACUGUUUGGUUCACCACAGCCAACGCCGUCCACGUCCACGAUGAUGAUGGUUCCGACGCAAUCGGACGAGUCACCACCAUCGACAGACUCGCCAAAUGAUGACAACGCGUUAGUAAUGCGCAACCAUAUGACGCCGAGUGGUAAACACAAGAUGUACUACAAGCGGGUACCGCCAGUGGUGGAAGUGCCCGACUCACGUAAUUGCAAAGUGAAUGAGAGUAUCAUUUCUUUGCUGCUGAAGUUGCACGCGCAACUCGCAGGAGAACCGAACAGUUACAACCCUGACGAUGCUGAGAAGCGCGCUGAUCCCGAGAUGCUUGGCGACGACUUUUACAUUGGAAGGCUACUGGAUAAGAUUGCAGCUGCUGAUCCCGCAUGCAAGGACUAUAUUGCCGAAACACGCGGAUGUCUUUGGCCACCGAAGGAGGACGGCGAGGUGGAAGCUAAGCGAAAGGAAUUGGCGGAUCGUGAGGCGAGGCGUCGCCGUGCCAAGGAGCGACAACAGAAAUUGAUGGCGGAGUUCGCUAACAAGCAGAAACAAUUUAUGGAGGCGACCAAAGAAAGCGACAACAGCAAUAUGGAAUGGAGCAGUACUGAAACGACUUCGGAACCUAUGAAUCAAGAGUAUGACUGUGUUAUCUGCAAUCAAAGUUCACCAACCACGGAAAAGAAACCGAUGGGUCUGGUGGUUCUUGUGCAGGCGACCAACGUGCUUGGUCAUAGACGCAAAGCGCCUAGCUCUGAGCGUUCAGUUUUACCCACUUGUGACGAUGAGCGUAAUAAGUUGAGCAAGGACGAUACGAUGCUGGCCGAAUUCGAUAGGCGGUGCGACGAUUUGUGUCGAUACUUCACCACGCUAUCGUGGAAGAUGUCCAUCAAUAUUGGAUGGGAGGAUGGUGUGUAUGUACAGACCUGCGGCCAUCAUCUUCACUUGGAUUGCUUGAAAUCGUACAUUAAUUCGCUGCGGUCGCAACAACGUCAACAAAUAUUAGCACCUGACAAGGGCGAAUACUUCUGUCCUUUAUGUAGACAGCUGGCGAAUUCUGUGAUGCCGCUGGCCCCGAAAUUAGGCGAUUGUAUGCAAAUUGUACGUGCGAGACCAGCGAGAAUGCACGAAGUCAUGACUGAGCUAGGUAGUUUACUUCGGGAAAAUGGUCAUACACCUGAUGUAACGAAUUUAUCCGAAGCAAUAGGUAAAGCAAUGGAAGAUAUGACCAACUGUACGCAAAUGGGGUCUACAAAGCCGCCAGCUGACUUGCAGUCGAAACUCUCUCUGUUCAUGUUUGUCACAUCUGCUGCCAGGACGAACCUAGAGAUUGAACUAGUGCAGCGCGGUGGUAGCCUGGUGACGAUUGCACAGGAACCGCCUAUUCCUCUUUUGCCAAAACGUGAUUGCAUUAUUCCUCUGUUGCACGUGUUGACUGUGCACGCGCGCGUGGUGGCGAUGUGGCCACAAGCGGCGACAACGUUCCAACAGCUCAGUGGUGCACAUGUGGAAUGUCCCGCCAUGGUGGGACUUCUAUUCGAAAUGCCACUGCUCCUGAAAGACCCCAUAGCUUUGUUCUUACAAUUUGUUCUCCUGUUACCAUUAUAUAUAGACCAAACCUAUUUUACCACCGUUGUGAAGAUGUUGUACAACCUUAUGUACUAUCAAGUUGUCGCCCAAGUUUCCUGCGGCCUAACAGUUGCCGAGCGUUCCAAGGCGAUCCAGGACGCUUCGUCGUCGCAUAUCGAUUCACUUGCGGCGGCACUGGCCCUCAUCGAUAUUACGCUCUUCCACAGCCCCACUUACAAAGAGAAUGAGAGUUCUCUUGGCAAGACGCAGGUGAACAUGGUUGCGUUGGAGCAGCAAGUGCAGAAGCUCUGUCUGCCGUUCUUGCGCAUUGCGGCACUACUCCGCCACCACCUCUUCAACCAGCCACUACCGGACAUCCGUACGCCCGAGUCAGAGUUUGUACGGCUGGUUUACUACCUGGAGCUUGUCACGGAGGGUAUGGAUUGGGAGUGCUUCAAUGCAGCGGUGGCGCUUAACUGGCCAAGCGACACCGACGCACAGGUGCACCACCGCCAGCCAACGAUGUGGUGCAAUGAGUUGGGCGCGUUUGUUGCUAAAAAUCAUGUUGCCGCGUGUAGUUUACUCAUCGAACAGCACAUUGUUUGGCAGCCACCGCGCCUCCUCCAACUGCCGCGUGAAUACGAGAAAAUAUUCACGUACUACCACGAGCGCGCCUGUCGCAAAUGCCACCAAAUUCCCACCGAGACGAGCAUCUGUCUGCUCUGCGGCACUAUCGUCUGCCUUAAGCAGAACUGCUGCAAGCAAGGCAACGUCUGUGAGGCAGUCUCUCAUUCGUUGGAAUGUGGCGCCGGUACUGGUGUUUUCCUGGUCGUCACCUCGACGUACAUCAUUGUGAUACGCGGCAAGCGCGCCUGCCUGUGGGGCUCACUGUAUUUGGACGACUUUGAAGAAGAGGAUCGCGACUUGAAACGCGGCAAGCCGUUAUACCUCAGCAAAGACCGCUACCAACUCUUGGAGCAGCAAUGGCUGGCUCAUCGCUUCGACCACACGAAGAAGACGUGGGUGUGGCAUCGGGAUGCUUUGUAGUCUCGGCGUGUUCGUGUGCAAAAUGUUCUAAUUGUUAAUCCGAUCCAAUACGCCGUUCGAAUAUUGUAUUGCGCGUUUCGAAAACCGACUUUAGUUGCUCAGUAUCGGAGGUAUCGGCGCAGACGUUAAGAUAGUUCGUUAAUAAAUCGUUUUACUAACUUGUGCGGACUGUGCGGCCGAUAUGACACGCGGAACCAAGACUGAAAAUGUCUUAACUUAAAGUGAGUUUAAUAUCAUCGACACGCUCAUCGCAGUUUACUACUUUACUUUUAUUCAAAUCUAGUCCCAUCGAUAUGCGCAUUAUAUUUAUUUAAUAAGUACGGUUUUCUUGGGCCUCCGGCGAAGUGGACUAACUGUUAUCAAACUUCUCCUUUUCUUGUCCUCCACGUUUCUGCUCGUGCGAUUUCCUCUUCGCUGCAAUUAAAAUUACACGUAUAACACUCUUGGUUUUGGGAUGAUGAAAACGCCAGCAAUCUGAGGUGACGAAAAUAGUUUUAAUAAUAACUCUUUUUGGCUGGCGGCUACGUGCCAGCUUGUCGUUAUGCGGCGAUCGCGUGCUGCUUGCUGACUUCGUGCUCUCGAAGGCCUAAUAAGCAUUGGUACUGAAAAUCGGAAGACGAAUGCUGCAGACGAGACACAAAUCUAUGACAACAUAGUUGCCGGCGGGCACGCUAUGUAAAUGUUUGUGAUACAUAGUAUAUGAAGGAAUCUGGUUGAAAAUACUUGGAUAUUUAAAAAAUCUAUAUUUAUUUAGGUGUAUUUAAUUCUAGUUUUACUAUAACCAGUUUUGCAAGAUAUUCCUCGAACGAAUUCACACGUCGCGAGCUUUGUUUCUGUAUGUAUCUGUCAGAUACGUUGCGUACUCUGGAUGGAAAUUGUAUUUUUAAACCAUCUUGUUUUCAGGGAAUUCCAUUUAUCUAAUAUUUUCACAUUAAACAAAUAAAAAAAUUAUUUUAGCUC